AGCGCGUAAAAAUCGUCUAGCCUGGCCGAAACGCGUCGCAUGUCGCAUGUGAAUCAGCAAUCGGCGGCCAUUUAUCUUCCUUAUUUCCUCGAACGAAGCACAAGUAAAAAAUGCAGAAAAGAGGUUAUCCUCGUGUUUGUCUUACGUCAGACAAAAGUUGUGCAUUAACAGCAGAUUUGUCCGGAUUCUUUGCAUAAAUGAACACCGAACCAAAUUACUCAAACAUGGAGGAAGUGUUGAAACUGAUCAAUUCAAAGUAUAUCGCUCUAGACGAAAAUCAGAAAGAGUACAAUGUACGCCACCUGCUUACAGUUUUAGACCUAUUGAUAGGUAUAAUGAAAGCUAUAGACCCAUUAUUUUUGGCACUAUACAGUACAAAUUACUUUGGCGGCAGCUACUAUGAUGGUCUGAAGAUUGAGAAACCCAACGAGUUCGAUAUUGACCUCUUGCUAUCCCUUUCAACCAUCAUUUGCGUAUCUUGUAAGAGAAGGCGAUGCGGUUGUGUUAGGCUGUGUCCAAGUAAUAAGCCUGGCUGGUUAUGGCUAAAAAUCAAGGACGGGUUUUGCCCUUCCCUUAAAGUCUUUAUGAAAGAUGGGUUUGUGGAAACCAAUUUAGUUCUUAACUGGCUAAAAGGUCUUGUUUAUAAAGCCUUGCCAAAACUGGCUGAGAAGAAUGUCGAGGUUAAAACAAAUUAUUGGUCAGAGUCUGGUCCUGCAUUAACUCUAAUGAUCCGUGGAGAAUAUGGAGAUAUAGACGUAGAUCUCGUACCUUCGUUUACUUUUAACAAAGGCGAUUGGCCCCUUGGAGGAUAUAUCGAUAAUCCAACGUCAAAAUGGGAGUUUUUUAUAGUGCCCAAAUACAAUGAAACGCAGAGAUAUUGGAGAGCGUCGUUUCAAGCACAAGAAUCCAUACUUAUAUGGGGGAAGGAAAAAUUGAAGCCCUCUUUGAAAUUACUGAAAAAGAUGCGAAACAGCUUAGACCACCGGUUCCUGGCCAGUUACUUCUUGAAAACUAUAGCCUUAAAUAAUUUGAAAAAUAUCAAGUGGACCGGGUCGCUGAGCGAGGCAUUUAUGCCCUUGUUAUACGAAUAUCAAGAAUGCCUAAAAUCUGGACAAAUCCCUUAUUAUUGGAACCGUAAAAAUAAUCUGUUAGGAAUGGUAAGGAAAGACAUUCUAGAAAAUGAAUAUAAUAGAAUAAGUAAACAAAUUCGAAAGAUAGAACAAAGCUAUAAGACCGAUCCUUGUAUCAUUGCAUCAAUAAUAUUAACGCCAGAGGAAUAUAACGUAUUUAAAAAUGAUAGUCAAGCGCAAAUGUUGUGUGGAGUCAGCCAAGCAUCUUUACCGUGUCCUGAAGAAGCAUCCGGAUGGGUGUCAAUAUUUAGAAAUUUAGAAACGCCAUCGACAAGGGACCAAUCAAAUUCGGCGAGUGAUCAAGAACAACCUAGCACUAGUACCAGCAGUGGCGGUACUUCCUGGUGGCAAAUUGGAACUAUAGCGGCUGCAGGACUGAUCGCUGGUGCCGUUGGUGGAGUUUUAUACAGAGCAUUUAGAGAAGAAAAUGAAGAACUCCGUCCUGAAAAUAGACCUGCGAAUUCCAGGCGAAACUCAAACAAUCAAAAUAGAUAAAAUAUACAAUAAUUGUUUAUCUAAGUAUUUUAUACAAUAUUAUUUACCAAUAUUUACCAUAGUAUAGUAUAAAGUUUUUAGGUGAUGUCUGUACCUUUCUUUCUUAUAAAGUUUUUGUUUUAACUAGGUGU